ACUUUGUGUUCUGUUUCGGGUCUGGCUGUGGGUCUGGUCCGUCCUCGUGCAGGGCUCCACGUGAAGGGCCCACCCUCUCCACUCAGGGGCCCCUGAUCGUCUGCGGCGAGGAGGCCCCUCGCUGCUGUGCUCAGUUUGCUGAAGACUGAUUUUUGUUGUUGCUUUGAGCAUGGAAGGAAGCGGGAGUAACUGUGAGGAUGAGGAGUGUCCUCAGGAGGAGGAAGAAGUGGACCCCAGGAUCCAGGGAGAACUGGAGAAGCUGAACCAGUCUACAGAUGACAUUAACCGCUGGGAGACUGAGCUGGAGGACUACCGUCAGAGGUUUCGGGCUGUGCUGGUGGAAGCUACAUUGAAGCUGGACUAUCUGAUGACGAAGUAUGGACGAGCGGUGGAUGACUCCAGACCUUACUGGGAAGCCCGCAAAAUGGCAAGAAAGGCCCAGGUAGAAGCGCAUAAAGCUACUCAGGAAUUCCAGCGAGCUGUCGAGAUCCUGCGGGCAGCCAAAGAGACCAUCGCCCUGGCAGAGGCGAAGCUUGAAGAGGACACUCGCCAGUUUGACUCAGCCUGGCAGGAAAUGCUCAACCACGCUACGCAGAAAGUGAUGGAGGCCGAGCAGGCGAAAGCACAGACUGAAGCAGAGCACAGAAAAACAGCAGUGGUGUACACCUGCUGUAUGAACCACAUGAGGCAGCUGGAGAAGAAGCUGAAGCGCUCCAUAAGCAAAUCCAGACCCUAUUUUGAACUGAAAAGCAGAUAUUAUGUGGAGCUGGAGGAGCUGAAACGCCAAGUGGAUGAGCGUCAGGCCAAGGUUGCAGCUGCCAAGGCUGAGUACCGCACAGCGUUACGUAACUUGGAGGGCAUCUCAGAGGAGAUCCAUGCCCAUCGACGCUCCCUCGCUAUAGGAACCAGAGAGCGUGGCGUUGGUGCGGAGGUGGACGAAGGUCACGAUGACAUCGCCAAUUUCACCAUGGAGUCAGAUGGUUUGUCUAUGGUGUCAGUAUCAAUGGAUGAAGAGGCCAGUCAGAGCUCUGAGGAGGAGGCUGACACUCACACCACCACCUCCUCGCACAAAACGAUACCUUCCUCACCAUCCACUUCUUCAUUCCAUCCUCCUCCUUCUGCCUCCACUCCGCUCAGCAUGCCUGGUCUUUUCCCCACCUCCCUCUCAUCUCCCUCCUCCUCUUCCUCCAUCUCGUCCUCUUCGUGUCCUGGUGGUCUGGAGUUUGAGCGCCCCUGCAGCUCUCACAGCCCAGACUUUGUGUGUGGUUCUGCACACACCUCACCAGUACUGGGCCCUCGCAGCCAGUGCAGUGGAGCUUCAUCUCCAGACUGUGACCAGGAGAGAGGU